GUAUUGUUUGUAUUUUUAUUUCAGGGUAGAAUAAAAUGUAAAACUUGUGCAUCCACAGAUCCCACAAAUAACUAAAAAAUUAUAAAAUUAUAAAAACAGUCACUCAUGGGUUGUUUUGGUCCUCCUAAUUUGGGUGAAUUUAGAGUGGUGUACGCUAACCAGCAAGUUCCCUCUGGAGAAAUUGGUGUGUCGGUUGUAAAUGCACACAAGCAUUAUGCGAACAAUGUUGUUGUAACAUCCAAGUAUAAGAUAUGGAAUUUUGUGCCAAAGAACUUAUUUGAACAAUUUCGAAGAAUUGCAAACUUUUAUUUUCUUUGUAUCGUAGUUGUGCAGUUCAGCAUAUUGGAUCGUACUCCUGUGUCUCCCAUCACAAGUCUUUUACCACUAGUAUUUGUGAUAACAGUCACAGCUUUUAAACAGGGCUAUGAAGACUGGAGGCGACAUAGGGCAGAUAAAGAAGUUAACAAUCGACCUGCCAUUGUUAUUAAGCAAGGUCGUGAAAAGUCGGUUUAUUCAAAACAUAUCAAGGUUGGGGAUAUUGUGAAAGUUCAAAACAAUGAAGAAAUACCUUGUGAUCUUGUCGUUAUUUCAUCGUGUGAAGAAGAAGGAAAAGCCCAUAUUAUGACAGCAAAUUUGGACGGAGAAACUAAUUUGAAGGUCAGGUCAAGUCUGCUUGAAACAGCUCAGUUAACAACAGCACAAGACUUGACAAAUUUUCAAGGAAAGGUAGAAUGUGAUCAUCCAGAAUAUGAUAUGUACAAAUUUAAUGGUCGUAUGAUACUUUUUAAUGAAAGUGCUCCAACAACACAUGCGCUUGGUCCAAGCAAUUUGCUCCUUCGUGGUGCAAAGUUGAAAAAUACUGAAUAUUGUUAUGGACUAGCUGUAUAUACUGGAAGAGAUACGAAAAUGGCACAAAACCAAAAAGACAAAACCACAAAAUUCUCAUCAGUUGAAAAAAAAAUGAAUUCAUAUCUUCUCGUUUUCUUGGUGAUACUUUUACUCCUCGCCAUAAUCUGCACCGGUCUUAAAUUUGCUUGGGAUAAGAAAAAAGGUGAUGCGUGGUAUCUACUCAAACCGUAUGACUUUGAUGUUGUGGAAGUGCUAAUUAAUCUUUUAUCGUUUCUGGUUUUGUUCAACUAUGUCAUACCUAUUUCUCUCUAUGUGACAGUUGAGAUACAAAAGUUUUCAGGAGCAUUGUUCUUUGAUUGGGAUUUGGAACUUUAUCACGAGUCCACUGACGAGCCUGCCAAGGCUAAUACAUCCGAUCUUAAUGAAGAACUAGGACAGGUUGAAUAUUUAUUCAGUGAUAAAACUGGUACACUGACAGAAAAUGACAUGCAAUUUCGACAGUGCUCUAUUGGCGGUGUAAAAUACAUUGAAGUAAACGAAAAGUUGUUUCAGGAUGAGGCUGCUAACGAAGCUGGUAUCGACCAUAGCAAUGUCACAGAAGAAAUUAAGGAAUUUUUAUUAGCUCUUGCGCUUUGUCACACAGUACAGGCAGACGAAGCUAGUCCUACUAAAUCGGAAGAUGACCAAUCGGAUGGUGUUCCAUUGACACCAACAACUACAAAAGUUUAUACAUAUCAGGCUUCAUCACCUGACGAGAAAGCAUUAUGUGAAGCAGCGUCGAGAUAUGGUGUAAUAUUUAAAGGUAAAUCCAGUGAAUAUAUGGACCUGGAAGUGUGUGGAAAACUGGAGCGUUAUAAAAUUUUGCACGUCCUGGAGUUCGAUUCCACUCGCAAACGUAUGAGCAUCAUUUUGGAGACACCAAGAAAGGAGAUCUUGUUAUUAUGCAAAGGAGCUGAAUCACAUGUGCUUCCGAGGUGUGUGUCUGGACCUUCCCAAGAAACACUGGAUCAUAUUGAUGGAUAUGCAGAACUUGGUCUUCGCACACUCACUGUUGUGUCUCGCAAGAUACCACGUAGUUUGUUUGAAGUAAUCGAUAUAAAAUUAGUGGUAGCCCAGCAAGCCAUCACAGAUCGAGAAGAACAACUUCAAGCUGUGUUUGAUGAAGUUGAACAGGACUUUCAUUUGCUUGGUGCUACAGCAGUCGAAGAUAAACUACAAGAUGGUGUCAAACAAACAAUCGAAGCUCUAAGAGAGGCAGGUAUUAAAGUCUGGGUGUUAACAGGUGACAAAGAAGAAACAGCUGUAAACAUCAGUCACUCAUGCGGUCAUUUCAAGCAUGGCAUGGAAAUUAUGUCUGUCACUCACAAAAAGACGGAAGAGGAAGUCAACUUAGCUUUUGAUGAGUGCAUGCUGAAAUUGGAAUCGAAACAUAAUAGAUCCACAGAAUUUGCUGUUGUCGUUGACGGUGCAACGUUGGCUGUAAUUCUUUCAAACCAAAGUGAAACAUUUUUACAAAUUUGUAAAGAAUGUGUAGCCGUUCUAUGCUGCAGGAUGUCUCCACUACAAAAAGCCCAGGUUGUGAAAUUAGUAAAGACUUCGGGAUCUGCUCCGAUUACUCUCGCUAUCGGAGAUGGUGCAAACGACUGUUCCAUGAUACAAGAGGCGCACGUUGGGUGUGGCAUUAUGGGUAAAGAGGGACGUCAAGCCGUACGGUGUAGCGACUAUGCUUUUCACCGGUUUCGUUAUUUGAAGCGUGUUCUGCUCGUGCAUGGACAUCACUACUAUACUCGCUUAGCAGUUGUUGUGCAGUAUUUUUUUUACAAGAAUGUGUCCUUUGUCAUCCCUCAACUUUUGUUUCAACUAAUGAAUGGGUUUUCUUCAAUGUCAUUGUAUUCCAGUGCGUACCUCACGGCCUAUAACAUAUUCUUUACAUCCAUGCCAGUUUUAUUGUAUGGUGUGUUUGAACAAGACUUGAAAGCAGAUUCUCUCAUGGCGAGUCCAAUAUUAUACAAGGACAUGGCCAAAAACAAAUUACUAUCGUGGAAAGAAUUUGCAUAUUGGAUGAUUGCAGGUAUCUGGCAUGGUCUUGUUAUUUUCCUGGGAACGAAGUUUUUAUAUGGCAAGAGUUCCUUUGAUUCAGGAAUGUUUGAUUAUGGAAUGUUUUCCUACGGUACUUUUGUUUACACUUUGGUUAUAAUUGUUGCAAACCUAAAGUUUGCUUUAUAUAUUCACUACUGGACAUGGUUUGUUCACUUCUUCUUAUGGGGAUCCAUUCUUUUGUAUAUCAUAUUUGUCCUUGUGUUUUGUGGGUUCGUGUGGCCAUGGCCAUGGAUCAAGGACGCAUUCAAUGUGGAUUUGGACAUGUCUCUGUACCACGUGGUCUAUCAUUUGUUUGACUCCAGUGCGUUCUGGCUAGCUAGUAUUCUAAUCAUUUGGCUUUGCAUUAUGCCAGAUAUCACACUGACAGUGCUGAAGAAGCAUUUCAUGCCGACUCCGUCGCAAACAUGUCAGGAUAAAGAAAACAGGCGUCGUAGCAAGUGUCGGAAGUUGCGAAAAAAGCGUGGAGUGAUGAAUAUAUGUCAGCUUACAGAGUCGCAAGAGCAUCGUCGAGAGCUAGAAGAAAACUUAAUUGAACCAAGCUUAUAUUAUUACGCAGAAUCUAAAUAAUACGAAUGUUCUCGGUUCACUGGUUGCGCUCAUCGAUGUCAAAAUAAUAGAUUUUUUUACGUUUAAAGAUGGAUAAAAUUUAAUCUAUGGCUUCCCUGUGACUCUCCAAUAAUUUGCCCACCCUUUGCGGAGGGUAUGAAAAUCUAGAAUUUUUAAAGAGGGAAGGAGAGAGGGGGUAUUUAUACAUGACCCCUAACUUGGUUUGAGCAGAGAAAAUAUAAUACAUAGUCUGCUUUUAAAUAUCUCUCUGUCAAUUGCUGCAUUUUCGGUGUCGUAAAAUCCGACUUCUAGACGAAGAUUUCGACGUUACCUUCACUUCCUAUAAGCUAAUUUAGACCUAUCGAACUUUUUAUGAAAAGCUUUUAAAAUUAAUUUUUAAGAUUCCUUAUCAAUUCUGUGUCAAAGGGGGGGGGGGCAAAUUUCAUUUCAAGUAUUUUUAUAUAUAUGUACAACAAUGUAUAUUGUAAAGUGCAGAAAAAGUUUCUGUUGUAUAUAUAAUUUGGUUAAUAUUUUUUUUAUUAUUUUAUACUAGUCUAUAAAGGCCUUUCUUCACUAGACGGAAUUUUCCGAGCGAAUAGAAGUGCAGAUAUUUAAAUUUUUUAUUCCGCGGAGAAUAUUUAUCUGGUGAAGAAAAGCCUUUAGACAGGCAGAAUUUUGUUUGCUGAAAAAAUCAAGUGACGUUGGAUAUUUUUGUACUACGUUUAAUAAACCUUUAGUUUUUCUCAAAAGGAAUGCCUUUAUGUGAAAAAAACCCAUCAUAUCAGAACAAAAAUUUUGUAGAGGCGAAUUAUUGCAGCAGAUUGUCUGUCUGUCUUAGUCAUUGAAUUUGCUUUGUAAAUUUUAUAAUUAUUUUGACUUUAGAAAAUAUCUUAAUUGCUUAUAAACAUUCCGUUGAGUAGUACAUUUAUUUCUGUGAAAAUGGUGGUUAGAUUUUUUAGCUUCAUCAAGGCGGAUGAUGAGUAUACUAUAGUCUGAA